CCCGUUGUCCCUGUCUCUCUCUCCUCUCGUCCGGCGUGGCAUCGCAUUGUCGGCGCAGACGCCGUGGCAGCGCUUAUUGAUCGCGGGCUCGGUGGUGCUUGGUUGUGUCCCUGCACGCGUUAUGCGUCGUCGUCUUUCACGACGUAGCAACGGUGCUGGACAGGGUUCUCUCUCGCGCGUUUUCCAUCUCUCGUCCGAGGUGAGCGACGACUGUACCACCGGUGACAACAGACGGUGUCUACUUUCGAUCGUCGCUAGUGCGCGGAAACGGCCGAUCAAUUAAUCCCGCCAGACCACCAACGCAGAGUAUCAGGGAGGAUCCCAAGAAUCGGGGAUGCGAGCAAGCGACACUGGGACCACUGAGUGAAUCGAGCCACCGUCCUCCCCGCAGCAGCUCGACCCGAGGCUCCGAACCCGGUGAAGAGGAUUCCCCUCGCGGAAAGAUCACGAACGACCGGGGAAACGAAGGAAAACGCGGCUCAGCCAGCAGGUGGUUCGUGCACGAUAUCGCGAUCGUCCUUUCCACGUCGAGUGAAAGUGACCGGCGGUGAAGCGUUCCCGAGUCGGCCGGAUGCUCGGCCGACAGGUGCGUUCGUAGAGGCUCGUUCGGCGGUUGUGUAUAACCCGGCCACCCGAUACUCGGUAACGAUUGGUCCGGCACCGGGCUCGAACUGUUCUCCGGCCAAUCCCACGUAAGCUCAGCAGCCUAGCCGGCGCUUUUCCCCUGUGUCGCCGAUCGACUUUGUUCUACGACGAACCGGCUCGAGGAACGGAGGACAGGGUCCUCUUCAACCGGGAACCAUGAGUCUGCUGUCGUCCUCCAUCGGCAGCGUCCGUUGCCUCGCGGACGAGGAGUCCGAUCACAAUAUGCUCCAGGAUCUGCAGUUGGCGGCAGAACUUGGCAAGACACUGUUGGAACGGAAUAAAGAAUUAGAGAACAUCAUUAAGCUACACCAGUCAACCGUUGAAGAACAAGCACAAGAAAUAGAGUACAUGAAAAAACAAACUGCUGCAUUAAGGGAAGUAAAUGAUUCACGACUGAAAAUCUACGAACAACUAGAAGUGAGCAUCCAGGAUUUGGAACGGGCCAAUCAUCGCCUUGUUAUAGAGAACACAAGCGAUAAGAAACUAAUUAAAAGUCAAUGCUUAACAAUCGAAACUCUGGAAGCCCGAUGCGAGGAACUACAAAAGAAAAUCGACGAGAUGAACGAGCAACAUGAAAGUCUGCUCCGUCAGAAGAACUCAAGUCCAUCGACGAACUCAGCGCAAACACAGACUGCUCUGUGGAAAGCAUCGGUCACGCCGGGUAGCAGCAUACAACAGAACGCUACUGCACCUGAAGAAGAAAUGACCGAUUUGCUGAGACAAUUACAAGAAGCUCGGAGUCAAAGAGCGAGGGAACAAAAGAAAGCAGCGGACAUUGGUCAACAAUUAGCAUCUUUGAUUCAAGAGAAUAAUGCACUGGAAGAACAACUAAACAUUUGGCGCACUAAAGCGCAAGACGUAAAAAAUCUGCAAGAGGAAAUAAAUGCGCUCGAAGAAGUGAGGCGAGGGCAAUUAUGUGGACGAUGUUUGCGGGGAAUGGAGAUAAAAACACACGACGAAAUUUCUGUAAUGUUGGAUCUAGAGGAAUACGACGACAUUAGUAUGGCGGAAUCGCUAAUGAACGACAGUCAACGUGAUACCGAGUCAUUAACGCAGGACUUGAACCAAGACUGCAGCGGUUCAAACGAUUCAAAGAAUCCUUAUAAAAUCCUCGAGGAGAAGUAUCAAGCCCUAUUAAAAGUCCAAAGACGUUCUACGCCGCGGCGGAAGGACAGCGUGCCGCACAUGUCCUUACAGGAAGAGCUCGAGAUGUCGGGCGAGUUCAGCAAUUUCCAGAAUCCGACGACAGAAGUAGAACUGCAGCAAGAGUCAACGAAAUCCGUCGGUGGAAAUGCUACACGUGCCAAAACGGAGAUUUGCGGGAAAAAACUGUUCUCCGCCACUCCAACGGAUUUCUCGGAGGCGGAAACUUCGUCCUCCGGUUUCCUGGACGAAACUAGUAACAAAAUGACGCAAACCGAAGGUAGACCCGGUUCAUUUCUUUGCUCCAUCGCUGAUGGCGAAGACUGCAAAUUUAGCAUUUACGAUGACAAUAGUCCGUUCGAAAGUAGAUUCCGGAAGACACCGGAAUGCAGACAAAUAUUUAGGGAAAUAUACACUGUCGUCAAACGAACGGCGGAAGCGAAGGACGAAGCCGAGAAGCUCCUACCACCUGUGGACGAAUCUGCGAUCACGGCUGUCCCGCAGCCACCGUCUUCGAUAUCAGCGCACGAGGACCUACCUAGCGAGACCACAGACGACAAUCAGAGCGUUGUUUCUUCCGCGGUAGCUUCUGUUGUGUCCGAGCCGCCGUACAGAAUAAAGACACCGAUCUCGAUGAACGGGACGCACGAACGACAGAGCAACGAGUCCAAUCGCCACGAGCACCACAAACACGGAAAAGGCGAGGGCAAGAAAUACGGUUACCAUUUGGAUUACUUGAGCACCAGCGUUCGCGUCGUGAAGAAAACGUCCAGGAAACACUCCAACACGAGAAGAUUGUCGCAUAAUGACACGCCGUCGACCCCUGACGUAAUUCCGACAACGAACCCCAAGAUCGUUAACGCGAAGUCGAACAGUAGCGGAAAGAAGAAAUUCAGACCGUUUAACGCUCUCGAGCAGAUUGGUAACGCGUGCAAUGAGUUCAGUUACGCGAGCAGGACGAAAGAGUCACCACACACUGGAAGGCGAACAAAUAUAUAUACAAGGAACAAUAAUGAUCAGCACAAUCACACUUUCGAAUAUAGGGAUUACAAGCCGAGCACAGCAUCGGAAGAUGUCGCCCGGUUGAAACGCUUAGAAAUGUCUUACGCCGAAGUCCUCAGAUUGCCAAACAAAUCCAAAGUAAGCAAUCGUAGAAAUUAAAGAAUGAGUCUUCACUGAUACCAAUUAAGAAAGCUAAAUUGCAUACGAACGCUUUGCGGGAAAAUAUCCCAGCCGCGAUUGUUUUGAAAAAAUAGAGGGAAAAGUUCUUUUGUCUUUCUUGUUGUGAGAUAGAACAACUUCGUUUCGCUGUUACUCUUAAAUAAUCGUUGUUGCGACAUUUUCACAGAUUAUAGUUCAGUAUUGCUUCACCAACGUAAAGAAACGACAUUUUGUGGGGAGGUAUGGGAAGAGUAAAUCAUACUACACGUGAAAUUUUAGCUACGGGCAAAUUAUUAAUUUCCGAGUUAUCAAUAAGGAACUUUUGAUAAUGCUGUAGAAUACUGACCGUAAAACCGACCUUAAAAUUUGUAAAUGCUAUAAAAAUUGAUGUUAUAAACAACGUUUUUUGUAACAAAAAGGCCACUCUUUUAAUUUCCGAGAUAAUUGCGAAGAACCGCUACCACUAUAUUAGAUUCAAUACACACGAGCGUUUCUGUGAAACGGUACAAGUAUGACUAUAUGUUCGCCAGUUUUAGCUUUGAUUUUCUCAGGUUUCAUGCAGAUGCUGUUAUCUGUUACAAAAGUUCCAGUCAAUCAUUGUAGUUUCGUACGCUGUUAUAUAGCGUACAAUAGAACGUAUAGAAAUCACUUUCAGAUCAUAGAGAUUGAUAUUGAUAGAAUUAAUUUUUUUACGGUGGGAGUGUAAGAAGAGAGGCACAGUUCCUCCUCCACCCAUGUUAAUACUUUAUAAUUGCCAAAAGUCCUUCCAGUUUGAAUUAGAAAUUUUUUUUGUAUCUUAGAAACUAAUUGUCCGCGGCCGAAAUUUCAUAUGUAACGUCCUGUCCCCCUUCUCUACGAUUCCACCAAAUUUCGUUUGUCUGGAUUGGUUGGGCCAUACUGUACUAUAUCUUUUUCCUGCAAACUGCUCAUGCGCAUUUGGCCUUGAGAAGACAAAAAAAGAGAGAGACUUUUAUACGUAAAACAUAGUCAAGUGAGAUUUAGUUCAAAAUUUGUUAAGUUUAAUGUCGCGCGGAUACUUAGAACAGAAAGAAUUAAAUUAUUUCAGGUCAUAAGAUUCAGUAUUGGUAAAUCAGUGCUAAUUAAAAUGCAUUUUGUAAAUAUUUAAGAGGAACGUUCGUGCGCAACGUCUGAACUAGGUACGAAACUAUUUUACAUUAAUUUUUUUAUUAUAUUUUAUAUCUUAAAUUGUAUAUCUUUUUUCAUGUGGAUGUGUGAGGGUAACAAAGGUACAUACACAACGUUUAAUAUAUACUGUCAAUGAUCCACGUGAUUAAAUGUGCAAGACAAAUAGAGCUGUGUCUCGAAAAUCUGUUCUCCCUUCGAAAAAUUGUAGUUGUAAUGAUGGAAUAAAAUUAUUUAUGUGCCAUUUA